CCACCGACGGCAACGGGCGGUGGCGGCUUCUCGCGAGAUUAAAGCCUUCUCGUCCACUCCGCGCAGAGCCCGCUGGGAGAUGUAGUCCGCGCCGCCGGGCAGCUCCAGCCAACCCAUAGGGGUUCCCCGCCGGCGGGAACUACACGGCGGAAAAGGCGGGGAAGCGGCUACCGGGAGGCUCUGGCCAGCGGCAUGGAUCGGUUCGUGGUGCGCCGGGCCCGGUGCCCGGAGAGCCCCCGCCGCGCUGGACCGGCCCCCCGCACUUACCGGCAGGCAACCCUCGAGUCCCUCAAGAGAGUCGUGGUUGUGGAAGACAUAAAAAGAUGGAAGUCUAUGCUUGAGCUUCCUGAGCAACCAAAAGAGAAUCUGAUUGAAGCUUUGGAGGAGCUGAAGAAGAAAAUACCUUCCAAGGAAGUGUUACUUUCAACAAAAAUAGGUCACACGGUGAAUAAGAUGCGCAGACAUCCAGACCACGAUGUGGCCAACCUUGCCAGAGACAUUUACACAGAGUGGAGAACUUUCCUCAAAGCCCAUUCCAACAAACCCUCCAUCGUGGUCAGGAGCGAUCCCAAGACCGAGGCUUUCCGGAAGAACGCACGGAAGCUGCUUUGUGAAGCCCUGGAGCUGGAGAUUGAUCACCCACUGGCUGAAAACAUUGAGAGAGAAGCUUUUCAUCUCUCUUCCCGUCUCGUUAGCGCUCCGUAUCGCCGAACCGUGCGGGCUCUUGUCUUCUCAUUAAAGCACAAACCUGAAAUCCGAGCAGAAGUCAAGGCUGGCACACUCCCUGUCCCCACCUUUGUACAGAGCCAGAAAAAGUGAGGUCUGGAGCCUGAUCCUGAGCGAGAACUCCCUGUGCCUGCAUCCCUGCGGAUGCUGGGAGCCCUUCCCAUCAGCAGGGGAGUGCUGACAGUGUGACUCAUUUAGCAGCACCCUGUGCUUCAGGGAUGCUGAAGAUGAGGACUUCUGCUGAGGAAAAGUGGUGCUGUCAGUCUGACUUGGUGGAAAUCUGUGUGGGCUUGUUGCAAGAAAAGGUUUCUUCUGCUCUGCUCUAUGUUUUCCUGUCACAAAGUCAUCCUUGCUGACUCACCCAUUUCUCACUCCCGCCCAGUCUGUCAGACCUUCCCUUUAGCUGUGUCCCUGAUGUGGAUCUUUAGGUGUAAUCAGCUGAAAAGCAUAAAGGAGCAGCUCUGUGGUGGUAGGAAAUAUCAGGAAUUCAGGGUAAUUGGGAAAGGUUACUCAUAGUUUAACCCUAAAUCAACUGCUGCAGCUGGGCCCUGCCUGUGGCAAGAGCUGUUUUGCUGAGCCAGGAGAUUUGCCUUUGCUGCCUUCCAUACCUGGAUGCAAAAUAGGUUUCAGCAACUUGCUCUUCACCAUUCCAUAGGCUCAGUCAUCCUGUCAUUGUGACCAUUCUUAAAAGCCCUGGUGUGAAAAUUAUGAUGCCCUGGUGCUAACAGAUGCCUCUCUGCUGUUUGAUGAGCAGCUCACUCAGACUUCCAUACCUCAUUCAUGAUUUAAGUGUGGUGCUUGUUCUUACUGUAACAAAAAAACCCAGCAAACUUGAAAUGAAUUUUCUAAGUAAAAAUGAGUUAUAAGCAAAACACUCCCUUCAAAGGCUUUUUUUUUCCACCAAAAGGAACAUAGUUCAGAAUAAUUGUAUGAACAAAUUUAAACAGCAAACUAUUGUUUUAAUUCCACCUACUCAAUAAAAA